CCAUGGUAGCAGCCACAGAAUUGCAAGCCUUAGAGCAAAAGCUGGAAGAAGCCCAGACUGAGAUUUUUAAUAUUAAACAAAUGAAAGACCUGUUUGAGCAAAAAGCUGCACAACUGGCUACUGAAACAGUUGAGCUAAAAGCGACAUAUGAUGAAGAGAAAGGAAAGCAUGCUGCAACAGAAGACAGUGUAAAAAGUCUUACACGGGAGUUGAAGUCUAAAUCCCAGGAGAUUGAAAAUUUGAAAACUGACCUGCUCCAAAGGCCAGGAAUUGAAGAUGUUGCCGUGCUGAAAAAAGAGCUUAUCCAGGUACAGACACUGAUGGACAAAACCACUCUGGAACGUGAGAAAGAGUCAGAGAAGCUGAAAGAUGAAUGUAAGCAGCUGCAGAUACAAAACUCCAAUGCUGAGGCCACUAUUAACCAGCUGAAAGCAGAGCUUGCAAAGGGACCACAAGAGGUUGCUGUUUAUGUCCAGGAACUACAGCAGCUUAAAAGCUCUAUUUCUGAAUUAUCACAGAAAAAUGAGGGUUUAAUGGAAAAACUCUUAAAGAAAGAGCUGCAGUAUACAGAGUUGGAAGAGAAACAACAUGAAGAGGUUACAGCCAAGAAGAACCUGCAAGUCAGCCUCAACCAGAGGGAUGUGGAAUGUCAGCAACUGCAUGUGCGACUGUCAGCCAGCGAUGCCUCCUUACAGACUCUGAGAACGGAACUGGCUGAGAAGGGUGAAACCAACCAGAAACUUAAAGAGGAGUUGUCUGAGGUGGAGUCCAAACACCAGCACCUCAAGGCUGACUUCAAACAGCUUCAACAGCAGCGAGAAGAGAAGGAGCAGCACAGCCUACAGCUGCAAAGUGAGAUUAACCAGCUCCACAGCAAGUUAUUAGAGACAGAGCGCCAGCUUGGGGAAGCUCAUGGAAGGCUCAAAGAGCAGAGACAGCUGUCUGCUGAGAAACUGAUGGACAAGGAACAGCAGGUGGCGGAUUUGCAGCUGAAGCUUUCACGUGCAGAGGAGCAGCUAAAAGAGAAAAUCACUACAUCAACUGACUUACAGCAUCAGCUGGAGAAAUUAAAGCAACAGCAUCAAGAGCAACAGACUGUUCAACAGACCACAACGUCCAAACUGAGGGAAGCACAGAGUGAUCUUGAGCAAGUAUUACGUCAGAUUGGGGACAAAGACCAAAAGAUCCAAAACCUAGAGGCCUUACUGGAGAAAAGCAAAAAAAAUAUCUCUCUGCUUGAGAAGGAGCGAGAAGAUCUGUAUGCUAAAAUUCAAGCGGGUGAAGGAGAGACUGCCGUUCUUAACCAGCUGCAAGAGAAGAACCACACUCUUCAGGAACAGGUCACACAGUUAACGGAGAAAUUGAAGAACCAAUCAGAAAGUCACAAACAGGCACAAGAGGAUUUACACGAACAAGUGCAGGAGCAGAAGUCUCAGCUUCGAGCAUCACAAGACCGUGUCCUUUCUCUAGAGACCACCUUAGGGGAGCUUAAUAGCCAGCUGAAUGAGAGCAAGGAGAAAAUUGUCCAGCUCGACUUACAGCUCAAAGCAAAGACAGAGCUGCUGUUAUCAGCGGAAGCUGCAAAAACUGCACAAAGGGUCGACCUGCAAAAUCAUUUGGAUACAGCUCAAAAUUCACUACAAGAUAAGCAACAGGAAUUAAAUAAAGUCAACACUCACCUUGAACAGGUAACGGCAAAGUUACAGGAAAAGCAGGAGCACUGUACACAGCUGGAGCAGAGUAUUAAGGAGUAUAAAGAGAAAUACCUCACUAUGGAACAAAAGGCUGAAGCACUUGAAGGGCAAAUUAAAAAAAUGGAAGCUGACUUGGCAAGUUUAAAAACAAGCCGUGAGCAGACCGUUCAAGAUCUGCAGCAACAAAAACAGCAGUGCUCCCAGCUGGAGUUGAAAGUGUCUGAACUCAGCAAACAGUUAGAGGAAGAGAAGGGAUUAGUCUCUAGUACCAAAUUGGAGUUACAGAAAAAGUCUGAAUCCCUGCAACACUCCAAAGAGAUGCUAUCAAAACAAGACAAAGAAGUGACCAGCCUUAAAGAGACAGUAGAAAAGACAAAGCAAGAACUGGAAAAAAUUAAAGCUCAACGACAAGAGAUGUCUGGAAAUCUGGAGAAACUGAAGCAGGAGAGAGACACUUUGCAGACAGAGCUCAAAGAUUCCAGGGACAAGUUGGUCCAGAGCACAGAAUCCCUGGAAAAAUCCAAAGAAUUGAUAGAAAAGGAAAGACAGACUGGGAAAGAACUGGUUCAGGUCAUGGAGAAGUCACGCGACGAUUUGAAGGUUAAGCUUAAAUCACAGGCAGAUGCUACAACAAAAGAAAUCCAGGAGCUUAAGACUCAUCUGGCUGCUAAAGUGGAGGAAUCCACUAAGCUGAAGUCUGAAGUACAGAUCUGCAAUGGCAAGUUACAGGGCUCUGUAGAUGAAAAAAAAGAAACUAGAGCAGGAACAUCAGACAGAGCUGAAGAAAAUUCAGGCAUCUUUUGAUGAAGAGAAGAAAAGACACCAGAAGGAUUUACAGACUGUCUCCACUCAGCUAACUGAGAAAACCCAAGAUGGAGGGAAAACUACAGCUGCAGAUGACCUCUCUCACUUCAGAACUUACUGCUGAGAAGAGCAAAUUGUCUGAUAUACAGAAGGCCAAUGAUGGCCUUCAAGAACAACUGGAGAGCCUUCAGUCUGACAUGUAUGGAAAGGAGUCUGAAGUCUCAGCAAUUCGCCAAGAUCUAAAAUCUUUAGAGGAAAAGCUUGUAUUAGCUCAGGAAGAGCUGAAGUCCAACAGAAAUGAAAUAGGUGGCCAAAAUAAACAGCUCAAAGAACUAACCGCACUGAAGACCACCAUGGAGCAGGACAUAUUGACGAAGACAAGCCAGCUGAAGGAGCAUGGACAAACCCUGCAGGAGUUACAAGCACAGAAGGCCCUCAUUGACAAACAAUUGAGUGAAGAAAGAGCCAGUGCCACUAAUUUGAAUGCCGUAAAGGGAAAGUUAGAAGGUGAACUAACCAAAAAACGUGAUGAACUCAAGAAUGUUAAAGAAGAAUUCCAAAAGCAAACAAGCAGUUUAGAGGAAGCCAAACAGCUACUGAUUCAGCAGAAGCUUGAGCUGCAGGGUAAGCUUGAGGGCUCUACUACAGCUCUUCAGCAGGAGAAGAAACUACAGCAGACCUUGAAAGAUGACAUAAAAAGGAAGGAAGAAGAAUGGAAAAAGCAGCAUAUAGAGGUGCAGAAUAAAUUGACUACAGAAACAAAGGAAAAAGAGGAGCAGAGGAAGAAACAUGAAGAGAACGAGUCAAAGCUCAACAUGCAAAUCACUGCUUUAAAUGAAAAUUUGGCUACUUUAAAAAAAGAAUGGCAGAGUAGUCAGCGCAGAGUCAGUGACCUGGAAAAGCAAACUGAUGACCUGCGAGGAGAAAUUGCAGUGCUGGAGGCAACAGUCCAAAAUAACCAGGAUGAGAGACGUGCACUUCUAGAAAGGUAUCUGAAAAGUGAGGGAGAAAUUGAAAAGCUGCAAGCCAAAAUUGUUGAACUACGGAAGAAGGUAGAUGAAACCACUUACGCCAUGGAGGAGCUUGGUAGAGAAAAUCAGUCCCUACAGAUAAAACAUAGUCAGGCCCUUAACAGGAAGUGGACAGAGGAUCAUGAAGUACAAAACUGCAUGGAGUGUGGGAAAAAUUUCUCUGUAACAAUAAGAAGGCACCACUGUAGACACUGUGGAAAUAUCUUCUGUGCAGAAUGUUCUUCAAAGAAUGCCUUAACGCCUUCUUCCAAGAAGCCAGUCCGUGUUUGUAAUACAUGUUUUAAUGACUUGCAAGGAUAG